AUGCAACAUACAGGGAAAAACUGGAACUUUCCAAAGAACCAUACCCAUAUGCAUGUGUUUGAUGACAUUGAAGCCAAGGGUGUCACCUGCAAUUUCAACAUGAAGCCAAAUGAGAAAAUGCAUGGCCCCUUGAAGGAAGCUUAUUAUCAAAAACAAAACAAACUUCAAGGACAUUGCUCAGCAAGUAAGUCCUAA